AUGCUCUCUUGCUGGGCGCACGGCUUUUGGCCGUUCUGUGGCCUUCUGAGCUUUCUCGCAACGUCAACUUUCGCUAUCAAUCCCUUCGUUCAAUACGCAGUAGACUUCCCAGACCCAGAUUUCAUCGUCGCCAAUGCUGGCAACCUUUACUCGCAAUACAAUGGAGCAGCAACGAGUAUUAUUGCUUGGGCGGAGCAGAUGGCAUCGUAUGGGCCUUGGAGUGUUACUCGUAAACCUGUACGAGCUCCGAGCAACGAUCCUCACGAUUAUAUGUCCUGGGCACCUUACAGGUGGCCCGACUGCAGCUCCGUCGGGAACAAAACUGCGCUCACAAAUGAAGAAGUCUGGAAAACAUGCCCGUAUGUCAACAGAGACGGUGAAGUUAAUCCCGACCGCGUCUUACCCAACGACUUUCAAUCAUUCUUCAACCUCUCAGACGCGGUUCUAUACAACUCUAUCGCCGCGGUCUUCCAAGAGGGCAAUGGUGCCGCGAGCUCAGUUUACUCCAGAAAUGUUGUAAAAUUCAUCACCACCUGGUUUCUCAACGAUACGACAGCGAUGAACCCCAGUCUCACUUAUGCGCAGAUGCAGCGCGGACCAAAGGGUCAGCAAGGCACUUACACUGGCGUACUCGAUCUGCGGGGCUUCGCCAAAAUUGCCUCUGGGAUUCUCAUCCUGCGAAAGAGCAAGAAUCCCGAUUGGACAAGAGACAUCGAUUCCAAGCUGAUUGCGUGGUGUCAGAAGUACAUCGACUGGCUUCGAAGCUCCGACAGUGGGCAGCGAGCGGCGAGUGCAGCCAACAAUCAUGGAACGAUAUUCGUCAACCAGUUCGCUGCGCUUCAACUGAUUGUGAACGAUGUUGCUGGUGCCGUCAACUCGACGAAAGGGUAUUUUACUGGAAUCUACAAAGGCCAGUUAGAGUCAAAUGGAGAUCAGCCAUUAGAAGCAUCACGGACCCAUCCCUGGCACUAUCGUAAUUUCAACAUUGCAGGCAUGGUUACCAACGCCAGAAUCCUCCAAUAUGCUGAUCCCAAGUCUAAGCAUUUCGGCUGGAAUGCAAAGGCAGACCACGGCGCAACCAUUCGCACCACACUUGACUUCCUUAUCUCCACCGAUCCCGGCGCGAGUGGGGAAACUGACAUACUGGCUGAAGUGUAUCCUAACCUGGCGGCCGUAGCUGUGGUAUAUGGCGAUGGGCACCGCAAAUACGCUAAUUAUGUGGACCAGAAGGGGUUCGGUGGGGCCUAUGCUAAUGAGCCGGCGGUUCUCUGGGCUCAGAGAGGCGCGGCCAUGUCGGCGAAGCCUUUCAGCGAUGCAGUCGCUGCCGCACUGUCCCGUAUUGCUCUCGAGACUGGUUCGUUCCCCUCCUUGCUCUCUGGUCGCACGAUGAUGAUAUCAUUCAAGCCAGACGGCCGAUUGGAAAGACCACAAGAAAUCUUGUGCCAGCUGCAGCUGCAGCGAUGCGGAAUGCUGAAAGAAACAAAGCAUGGUCUUCGCCAGAAGGGUCACUUGAAGAAUGGCCGAGAGCAUCUUCGGAAUCGGGCGGAGAUCAUCCGCGAUCUGACCGCCACGGCCACUGAGCACAACGACACUUACAACGUUGUGAUUUGGCAUGCGAUGGAUCUCGUGCGAGACAUUGGCCGUGCAAAAACGCACUUUUUUGCCAUGACACUCACUCGAAAUCACGAGGCUACAAAUCCAAGAGCGUGGUACUCAUUUGUGGACGCCGCGGUGCUCCCGCUGUCCCUCCUAGAAGAGAAGUUUGACAAUGUGGCCACAAUGACCGCUAACGAGGACGGGUCCACGACUGAAACCCCCUGGUCACCCCUCGCUGUGCUCAAGACACAUGAUGAAGAAAUGAUACGAAAAGGUGGUGCUUUAGGCGCUGCGCUGAUCGUCGCCGUCGAGCUCAGCAAGAAGGAGAAAAGUAAAACAGUUGCACAAGCUGUCAAGGAAACUAGUUGCCCGGGAAUAUCGCCAAUGGGGCUUUGGAUUUCAGUAAAACGCUCUGUUUCGGUGCUGCCGCCAGUAAUGAGCAAUCCCCGAAUCUGGAAGGCAUGUCUCAAGAAUGCCAUGGAUGGCUAUGCGUAUACGAUGAAGAGAACACCAAUGCCCAAGCAAGCAUGA